AGCGCAAAUUUGUAACCGCCGUCAGGUUCUUGUAAUGGAGGCAGGUUUCGAUAUGACACAGAUUUCAACUAUGUCCUUCGAUACUACUGGAUUAUAUGAAUAGAUCUGUAUGUUAUUGUUGUUUUCGGGAUACGAGACAUACAGGCCGUCAUUGAAAUUAUUACUAAUCACCUGAUUGCGUCGUUUGGCGACAGGUCGUGUGUAUAACCGAUCCCGGUGUAGGAAUCAAGGUUGGAGGUGAAAGCUGGGAUUGGCCAACUGACCAGCCGGGAUGGGGAAGUUAUUGUCCAAGGUGUUCGGCAACAAGGAGAUGAGAAUACUCAUGUUGGGGCUUGAUGCAGCAGGAAAAACUACUGUGCUAUACAAGUUGAAGUUAGGCCAGUCAGUCACCACCAUCCCCACAGUCGGCUUCAACGUGGAGCAAGUCAACUACAAGAAUGUCAAGUUCAGUGUCUGGGAUGUUGGGGGGCAGGACAAGAUACGACCUCUAUGGCGGCACUACUUCACAGGAACACAAGGUCUCAUUUUCGUGGUGGACUGCGCUGACAGGGACCGUAUUGACGAGGCCAGACAGGAGCUGCAUCGCAUCAUCAACGAUCGCGAGAUGAGAGACGUCAUUAUUCUGAUAUUUGCUAACAAACAGGAUCUCCCAGAUGCUAUGAAGCCACAUGAAAUUCAAGAGAAGCUAGGAUUAACACGAAUACGUGACCGCAACUGGUAUGUUCAGCCAGCGUGUGCGACAACGGGUGACGGACUGUACGAGGGCCUCACAUGGCUCACUUCCAACCACAAGUCUUGAUUGAGGCUGGGCACAUAGCACCAGUCUGUUUUAUAUUACAAACUCUUCAAAACAUACUGACAAAACAGAUACAGUGGACAGACCCACCGUCGUGGGAUGCUGGCUGACCUGUAGCCAGCUGUGGACAUUCAUGCAAGUCACCUGUGCAUAGACGCUGACCGUGACAACCUUCAGGCCCUAUUGGACGCUGCUCAUGCAGGCUUGUCACAUGGGAUUUAUUUCUGUUUUUUACGGUGCUUCAUUUGAUCUUGUAAAAAGUGUUGAAAGGGGCCAGAGUGUAUAUUUUGCAAGUAGACUUUUUGUAUACUUCCGACUUAUUUGCCUCUCUGUACAGUUAAAAUGCAUGUGGCCAUUUCGGCACAAGUACCUGAUGCUGGACUGUAGUAACACUGCAUGGUUUCUCUAAUUCUCCCAGGUAGUCAAGUAGCCCCAGGAUGUCCAUAUCACUCACGUUACAUUCGUAUAUUUAUUCGUUGCGUCGACCUGUUGGGAAAGACAACCUUCCAUGGAGCGUGAAGACGAUGAUGCAGCAUGGCCUGUUAUCUCGACAAACUCGUAUCACCUCAGACAUAUCGUCACACUAACUUCUCCAGUUUUCUAUUGGUUAGGAAAGAGUUUUGUAUGUUUUUGUGUGAAAUUAUCAGCUUCUUCGAGAUCUCAUCCGCUGAAAUACUAUACAAGGCUUGGAGGCGAAUCAGCACAACUACCCCAGCAGGAGAUGUCUAAUAUUUACCAAUACAACAAGACUGCGUGUGAAUCCCUGUUUUAUCAUUUGUAAUUCAGAAUGAACUCUACCAUCUGUCAUUUUUGGACACACUAGAACUUAUCUGUAUAUAAGAAAUUUUAGAGAUUAUGUUAUGUUUUUCACUUGUAAAGCAAACUGUUUAGCUACACAUACAAGAUAUUAGUAUUGCAUAUCUGAUUUUGUCUGUGAAUAAUAAAGACACUGUCACCUCUAUUUGCACACUAUGUAUCCAUCAACAGUAUCCAGAGUUCAACAGAAGAUGAUGUUUUCUUAUCCAUGGAGCUUUUGUGGUCUGAAGGUAUUUUCUGAGUAUACAUUUCUUAUAUCUACUUCAAGGCAGAUAUUACAAAUGUAUUUGUUUCUCUCUUUUUGGGGGUAGAUACAAGCAGCUUUUAGUUUCCUCAAGUCAACACUUUCUAUUUUACAUCAGCCUUCCCCUCACACUCAUCCGUUUCGCAUGUUCAACACACAUCUUUGCUAAAAGUAUUUGCAUUACACUUGACGUAUUCGUUAACACACAGACCUCGUCACCAUCUUGAUCUGUGUUUGGUGCAAGAUGUAGAAAGCUGAUAAUGGUCACAUGUGUCAUGGACAGUUCCCUUGGUGACCCACAUGUGAUGACCAUCAUGGAAAAUAACCUGCAGCUGUGUCUGGUGUCCGUCUAGACACUGUCCUGGUGCUGUGUCUUGUGUCCAUCUAGACACUGUCCUGGUGCUGUGUCUGGUGUCCAUCUAGACACUGUCCUGGUGCUGUGUCUGGUGUCCAUCUAGACACUGUCCUGGUGCUGUGUCUGAUGUCCAUCUAGACAUUGUCCUGGUGCCGUGUCUGGUGUCCAUCUAGACAUUGUCCUGGUGCUGUGUCUGGUGUCCAUCUAGACACUGUCCUGGAGCUGUGUCUGGUGUCAAUCUAGACACUGUCCUGGUACAGUGUCUGGUGUCCGUCUAGACACUGUCCUGGUGCUGUGUCUGGUGUCCAUCUAGACACUGUCCUGGAGCUGUGUCUGGUGUCCAUCUAGACAUUGUCCUGGUGCUGUGUCUGGUGUCCAUCUAGACACUGUCCUGGUACUGUGUCUGGUGUCCGUCUAGACACUGUCCUGGAGCUGUGUCUGGUGUCCACCUAGAUAUUGUCCUGGUGCUGUGUCUGGUGUCAAUCUAGACACUGUCCUGGUGCUGUGUCUGGUGUCCAUCUAGACAUUGUCCUGGUGCUGUGUCUGGUGUCCAUCUAGACACUGUCCUGGUGCUGUGUCUGGUGUCCAUCUAGACACUGUCCUGGUGCUGUGUCUGGUGUCCGUCUAGACACUGUCCUGGUGCUGUGUCUGGUGUCCAUCUAGACAUUGUCCUGGUGCUGUGUCUGGUGUCCAACUAGACACUGUCCUGGAGCUGUGUCUGGUGUCCACCUAGACAUUGUCCUGGUGCUGUGUCUGGUGUCCGUCUAGACAUUGUCCUGGUGCUGUGUCUGGUGUCCGUCUAGACACUGUCCUGGUACAGUGACUGGUGUCCACCUAGACAUUGUCCCGGUGCUGUGACUGGUGUCCACCUAGACACUGUCCUGGUACUGUGUCUGGUGUCCAUCUAGACACUGUCCUGGUGCUGUGUCUGGUGUCCAUCUAGACACUGUCCUGGUACAGUGACUGGUGUCCACCUAGACAUUGUCCUGGUGCUGUGUCUGGUGUCCAUCUAGACACUGUCCUGGUGCUGUGUCUGGUGUCCAUCUAGACACUGUCCUGGUGCUGUGUCUGGUGUCCACCUAGACAUAGUCCUGGUACAGAGACUGGUGUCCACCUAGACAUUGUCUUGGUGCUGUGACUGGUGUCCAUCUAGACACUGUCCUGGUGCUGUGACUGGUGUCCAUCUAGACACUGUCCUGGUGCUGUGUCUGGUGUCCGGCUAGACAUUGUCCUGGUGCUGUGUCUGGUGUCCACCUAGACAUUGUCCUGGUGCUGUGUCUGGUGUCCGGCUAGACAUUGUCCUGGUGCUGUGUCUGGUGUCCACCUAGACAUUGUCCUGGUGCUGUGUCUGGUGUCCACCUAGACACUGUCCUGGAGCUGUGUCUGGUGUCCACCUAGACAUUGUCCCGGUGCUGUGUCUGGUGUCCACCUAGACAUUGUCCUGGUGCUGUGUCUGGUGUCCAUCUAGACAUUGUCCUUGCGCUGUGUCUGGUGUCCACUUAGACAUUGUCCUUGCGCUGUGUCUGGUGUCCACCUAGACAUUGUCCUGGUGCCGUGUCUGGUGUCCAUCUAGACAUUGUGCUUGCGCUGUGUCUGGUGUCCACCUAGACAUAGUCCUGGAGCUGUGUUAGGUUCAAGGUGACCUUCAAGUGACAUGAGUUACUGACAAUGUCCUGUAGUUGCUUGGUAAUGUUCCAGACAUUGUCCAGUACCUGUACAAGGGUGAUUUGGUGAAUUUAAGACUCUUGUAUUGCACAGACACUAUUUUGUACAUUGUGUCCUGAGCUUGUUACAGUGUUGGUUGGUGAACGUCCAGACACUUGUAUGUUAAGGAGUGUACGGUACAACAUGACAUUUUUUAUAAUGAUCUUGAACAGACACUGUCUUUAAUUACAAGGUGGCCUGUUUCGAAACACUUUUAUGUCACAGACAUUGUCUUAUGACAAUGUCUGGUACAAAAUGAAUUGGCUGCUUGGUGAUCCUCCAGACACUGUCUUGUAGUACAAGGUGACCUGGAUGCUUGAUGACCUUCCAGAGACUUGUGUCCAGACACUGUCAUGUCGCUGCUUGUAGUUCCCCCUCAUCACCCGGUGGCUUGCCGGUCUGUCUUCCACCACCGCUGCAGUAUGAUGAGAGCCAGUGAGAGUCAGUGUGUGUCUGUGUGUUUGUGAGGGACCUACACAACAUCCUGUAGACGUGAACAAGAAGUCGUUUCUUGUACACACUCAGAUCAAUGUUUGUAGACCAUGGUAUUCCUAAAGCAGAACUUGUAUGUGAAAUGUGAUGUAUGUAUAGGAUAGAUCAUGCCUUCUGUACACCUAGAACUUAAUAUAUUACCCAUGUUGAAAAGGCUAGAUGAGGACUCAGGGCAUACCUUUCUGUAAACCGGCUCAUAGUGCUUACCUUCAUUCCAUGCUUUCCUUGUAGCGAUGGACAUAGAAUUGUUCUCAUCAGAUUGAUGUGCCUGGCUUUUAGAGGCAGGCUGCUUGACAGUGACAGCUGUCUGCGUGCGUGUCCGUUGUUUCGCUGAAUUGAGAUUAGACCUCCAGUUGUUGCCUCUGUCCCUAUGUUGUUAGGUUUUCAGAUAACCAAGUCGAUUCAGACACAUUUGCUAACUUAACAUAUGCAUAUUUUGUGCCUCUCCAGAACGAAGCAACGUACAGAAUGUCUGUUUUUGUACCAUGUAUAUAGCUGGCUUCCUACUCAAGAAGCUUCUGUUGUCAUUGUAACCAAACAGUUUUAAAUAAGUGAUUUGUUUUAAUAAGUGAUUUGUUUAGGUUAGGUUUAAAACAUUCUUGCUUAUGAUGAUAUUUUUGUGAAACGGCAGUGUUUUAUAUUUGGAAAACCGAUCGAUGUCAUCCCAGUAUUUCAGGAUUUCGUGUGAUGGCUACGUGUCUCUGUGUCCAGCUCAAGGAAAUGUGUUUGAUUUGAAGCUGGCCACCAAGGGUAUUAAUAAUCUGUACAUUUUAAUGAAACUGAUUUGUAAAUGUGUGAUUCUGUGAGUGGUAAGUGUGUCGAUUGGUUGGUCUUUAGAUAUUGUUAUCUGUUACUCUUUUAGCAUAUAUAUGUGUGGUGUUAGCAGCCGACUGCAUGCAUCUGUAAGGGGUGGAGAUAUACAGUGAUACGACAUCGUACCGCAAUACAUGGUUGAUGGUAGGUGCCUCGUCUUGAAAUUUGAUACAGCGAUGCCUGUUACCUGGGAUUAUGCUGUUUCAAGUGAAAUCAUUUUUGUAUUGAGCUACAAGUGUCUUUUGAUACCAAAUAUUUCACCCUGAACGGAUAAAAAUGAUUCAAGAUGAACGGAUAAAAGUAAUUAGUUUGAAGUCUGGAAAGUAUAACUGCAGCAUUGUUCGAUGAAUGAUGAGGUUCUAUUAUUGACCAACAUCAGCAAGUUUCAUGCGAAUUACGAAAUUCCCUAUCCAUCUCCUACAAAAUCAAAAUCCUGUUAUUUCUCUAAGUAUGGAAACUGUAUCUGAUGAUUAAUCAAGGUUAAGAUUAGGGCUUGGUAAUAAAGGAAAAUGUGUAAAGUGGAGAAAUAUACUUUGUAUGAUGCAGCUUGUAUGGCAAUACGUGUCGUAUCACGCCCCUUGUGUCUGUGAUGGACAACACGGAUCUAGACUAGCAUGUUUGUUUGUCAGAGGUGUCCAGGGCAUAUUUAUACAAUUAUUAAUGAAUGUUUAUUACGACGUUGCAUACCUGUUGUUAUUACCAGAGUAAAAGCUAGAUUACAAAGGAGACUGUAGUCGGAGAGUAGACAUACCCGUUGGAAGACAGGUGAGAGAAUGUAUGACAUCACACAAGUAUCCUUAGCCCCCACCACUGUAGCCUUCUGUAUGUUAGUCACAGAACAAGGAGUCCAACUACAGCUCUGCCUCAGUACCAUAGCCAGGAUGAUAUCCUCAUUAUAGCCUUUCUGUAAGACAUUAUUACCAAACUGUGUUGUCGCUAUGACAAGACUUGGUAUAUGUUAUCUGUUGGGCAUUAUGUGAUGAUCUGGGCCAUAUGAGGUUUGUGUAGAUAAAUUAAAUGAAAUUAUUCAAAUAUUUGAAGAGGAUGAUGGCCGAACAUUUUUGUAGCAGCUGGACAGAUGAUAAGCAACUGUUCAGGAUUUGAUACAAGAUGACAUCAGAUGAUGACAUUGGGGGAUAUAGCAAAUAUACAACUGAGCUUCUGCUAGAGAUCAAUAUAUCUUAUUAUUCCAGAGGGGACUGAAUGUGACUUGGAGCUGUCCUAUGAACAGUAUUCAGUAUUGCAAUCGAGGAGAUGUUUUUUCAGCUCUAUUUGAGUUGGUCUUGACAUGAAAUAAUUCAUUAAGUUACAUAGUACUCUGAGGUUUGUUUCGGUAUCAGAUUUCCUGGUAUACCUAACACAAGUUCAGUAGUAUUGAUCUCUUGUUUAUAUACCUGGAGUCAUGUUGGAAAAUGAUUCACUGUUUAUAAGCAAUGUGUUGAUUGCUGUUGACACUGAUUUCAGCUGUUUACUCUUGAUUCAGCUGUUGUCACUCGAUUCAGCUUUUGACACCUGAUUUAGCUGUUGAAGCUCGAUUCAGCUUUUGACACUAGAUUUAGCUGUUGACGCUCGAUUCAGCCGUUGUUGGCAAUGCAAGCCCAACUGUCAUUCUUUAGCUACGAUCAGUCCUGCAGUUAAACUCAGAUAUCGUUCGAAGUAAGCUUAACUCAGUUCAUCCUAUCCUGUCAAGCUAAAGUCAGGGCCUGCAAUGGGCAGUUCACAAGCGCGCUUGUUAUCUCUUGCUUUCUGUUGAGCUCAGUCCUACCAUAAGGCACAAACUUGGGGAGGAGGAGGAGGAGGUACAUUUGUCGUUUCCUAUGUCAACAUUGCAUUUCAUAAGUCAAGAUUAAUAUCUUCAGCUUCAGAUUGUCAAUAUUGAAAUAAUUUGCUCUGCAUCAACUUGUUUCAAUUAUCAUCUUCAGAAUUAACUGAUAAAAAACCGAUGCUGUGUUUUGAACAUUAAAAACGUUUUGGAAGAAUUUCUUGUGUGGAUAGUUGUGUGAGUUUAGUCCCUGUCUAACUAAGCCCUACUACUAACUACUACUAGGAAGGUCACUUCAUCUGGUUGGCUGUGGGCCUGGGUCCGCUCUUCCUGUGGCAGGUUCUUGUAGACAGGGGUAUCCCUGGUACACUCCAUGGAGGUGUAGUGUAUAAACGUUGGUGAUCCACCCCCAGACUCUGUAAAUACUGGCCUGUUCAUUUCACCAACAUUUUAUACUCCUAAAUAAACACAGAUUCAAUCAG